GGUCAGCGCAGGGUUUUCUCCGUUUCUUGGUGAACUUGAACGGAGGCACGGGCAAAGGCGAAACAUUUCUGAGCCAGGAGAUGAGGGCCGCUAGAGCUCAGGGAUGGCGAGGUUCUUGACCCCUGGGCAAAAGCUGCAGCUGCCAGGUCCAGGGGCGGAGAUGAGUGGUGAUGCCAUUUGAGCACCUGCUGGAAACAGGGCAGGAGGAACAGUAGCCCCAGGGGAGUGCCAGCCGGUGCCAGGAUGCGGGGAUGACGCCUCUGGAGGCCCCGGCCUCCCUCCCGCCUGGGUACUAGGAGCCGUCCCGGGCUCCAGCCGGGAGCCCCGCUGCCCAGGGGCAUGGCCAAACCUUUCUUUCGGCUCCAGAAGUUUCUCCGCCGAACGCAGUUCCUGCUCUUCUUCCUCACGGCCGCCUACCUGAUGACUGGCAGCCUGUUGCUUCUGCAGCGGGCCCGCGUGGGCCUCCCGCCGCCAGGCCCCCGGGCGCCUGGCCCCCUGCAGGCCUUGCCUGUGGCCGCCGUGGCGCUGGGCGUGGGCCUGCUGGACAGCCGAGCCCUGCAUGACCCCCGGGUCAGCCCGGAGCUGCUGCUCAGCGUGGACGUGCUGCAGGGCCCCCUGGACCGGCCCCGGCCCGGCCCCCGCUGGCUCCGCAGCCGCAACUCGGAGCUGCGCCAGCUGCGGCGCCACUGGUUCCAUCACUUCAUGGGGGACCCCCAGGGGCCGCCCGCCCUGGGCCCUGAGGCCCCCAGGCCAGCCGCCAGCAGCCGAGGCACAUACAUGGGAUGCUUCAGUGACGAUGGCCAGGAGAGAACUCUGAAAGGGGCUGUAUUUUUUGACUUGAGAAAGAUGACCAUCUCCCACUGCCAGGAUGCAUGCGCUGAGCGGUCCUACAUCUACGCGGGCUUGGAGGCAGGGGCCGAGUGCUACUGCGGGAACCGGCUCCCAGCAGUGAGUGUCGGGCCAGAGGAGUGUAACCAUGAGUGCAAAGGAGAGAAGCGCUCGGUGUGCGGGGGUGCCGGCCGGCUCUCUGUGUACCGUGUGGAGGAGCUGCAGCCCGGCUCCAGGAAGCGGAGGACCGUCACAUACCGGGGCUGCUUCCGGCUGCCGGAGAAUGUCACGCACGCCUUCCGUGACUCCCUGGUACAGGCCAACAUGACGGUGGAGACGUGCUCGGGAUUCUGUUCCCAGAAAGAGUUCCCCCUGGCCAUCCUCAGGGGCUGGGAGUGUUACUGUGCUUACCCCACCCCCCAGUUCAACCUGCGGGAUGCUGUGGACGCCUCGCUGUGUGGCCAGGAGCCUGAGGCACAGAGGCUGGCCGAGUACUGCGAGGUCUACCAGACACCCGUGCAAGACACCCGGUGUACUGACCGGAGGUUCCUGCCCACCAAAUCCAAAGUGUUCGUGGCUCUGUCCAGUUUCCCAGGAGCCGGGAACACGUGGGCGCGGCACCUCAUCGAGCACGCCACUGGCUUCUACACAGGGAGCUACUACUUUGAUGGAACUCUGUACAACAAAGGGUUCAAGGGCGAGAAGGACCACUGGCGGAGCCGGCGCACCAUCUGCGUGAAGACCCACGAGAGCGGAAGGAGGGAGAUUGAGAUGUUCGACUCCGCCAUCCUGCUGAUCCGGAACCCGUACAGGUCCCUGGUAGCCGAGUUCAAUCGUAAAUGCGCCGGGCACCUGGGCUACGCAGCUGAUCGUAACUGGAAGAGCAAAGAGUGGCCGGACUUCGUCAACAGCUACGCGUCCUGGUGGUCCUCGCACGUGCUGGACUGGCUCAGGUACGGCAAGCGGCUGCUGGUGGUGCACUACGAGGAGCUGCAGCGCAGCCUGGUGCCCACGCUGCGGGAGAUGGUGGCCUUCCUCAAUGUGUCGGUGAGCGAGGAGCGGCUGCUCUGCGUGGAGAACAACAAGGAGGGCAGCUUCCGGCGGCGCGGCCGGCGCCCCCACGACCCCGAGCUCUUCACCCCGGAGAUGAAGGACCUGAUCAACGGCUACAUCCGGACGGUGGACCAGGCCCUGCGUGACCACAACUGGGCCGGGCUCCCCCAGGAGUAUGUGCCCAGAUGAUAAGCCCCGGCCCGCUCUGCCCACCCUGCGGGGAGCCAGCCGCCCCAACGGGGCUGCGCGCAUGCGCGGACGGUCCCCGGCGCCUCCCUGGGAUGCUCAGACGCCCGGGGGCUGCCUCCCUCUUGCGCAGGGAGACCCGGACAUGAGUUCCGGCCAGGCAGACCCGAUGUCACAGGACAGAUGCAAAGGGGGACACAUUCCUAGCUAGACCCUCUUAGACUCCCUGCUCACAGUGCCGUAGUGAUGCACCUAAGCCACCACGCUGGGUGUGCCCGACACUCCCGCACGCAGACGCAGUCAGACGUCGAUGCACACGCCAGGUGAUGUGUUCCAGAGGCUGCCUGUCUGUCUCUCUAACACAUAGACACACAGGUGCACCCUGGGCUGUCGGAGGCCCUGGGUUUCCUGUUCGCAGCCCGGUGCCGGCUUGCUGGCUGGGGUCCUUGACUGCGGGAUGCUGGGCUGGGCGGGUACUAGUUCUCUGAGGUGGGCUUACAGACUGUGGCUGCCGGGCCAGGCAGCCUGAUGGCGUCUGCAUCCCACCGUGUGUGGUGUGAGGCCCAGGCACUGACCGCCGGCUCCGCAGCCCUGUCUCUCUCUUCUCUGCGGAUGGGCUGUCUGCACCACGGGCAGAGUGGAGCCCUCUGCCACACACGCACGCACACGCCAACCUCAGGACCGGCCGCAAGCUCUGUGCACCCCCCACCACCUCAUCCAAUAUCAGCACUCCUUGGACUGGU